AUAAGAAAAAGUAUAACAACGGAGCACGAGCACUUCUUAGCAGGGAGAUAACGCCUGGAUCUAAAUCCCUCGCAGUCGGAUGUUAAACCACGAACUUGAAACUUUAAUGGGAUUUCAAAUGCAAAUUUAGUCGGUGAUGGAUUAAAAUCUUUAAUCCACAAUAGCUCUAUCUGCUGAGGAAAAGGGGGAAACCACCCCGUAUCUUUCAUCCAUAGGUGAGGAUCAGCCGCACACCUUGUCUAUAGGUGUAAAUACUCAAGUCUUUGACAUAAAGUUUACUUAUUCGGUGGAUUUACAAUGUGCAUGAGCUGCAAGAAGUCGUUUUAUUUUCACUUUAACAAUCGUUUGGUCCAAUAAGUGACUUCCCAGUGAUAAUACGACAAUAAUAUAUAGUACUAUACAUAUCACGUGGUGUCUAGCGGGAGGAACAAAGAAUGAGUUUUUUCUUAUCACCUAAAGAACAGCAUACCUGUUAAUGCGUGGAAUUUAGAUAAAAAAGAAAAUAAUAAAUUCUAAAUUAAAAUUCAGGUGGAAUCCACAUUCAAUGGACAGUUAAAAUGCGAAAGGCGACGUGAGAACAUCUUAUACUCAGUGAAAGUUUUCCUCUAAAAUUAUAAUUAAUGGUUAUCUUUAACUAUAUAGGAUAAAACGAACCUAAAAUUCUGGAUUGGAUUUUAAUGCUAGAAAUAAAAUGCUAAUUUAGAAAUCAAUACUGUCGCCUGGUGUAUAUUUCAUUUUGUUACAAGACACAGGAGUUAUUGCAUGUGGUAGUAAACUACCUGGAAUUGGUGAAAAGAGGGUGCUCUGUGCGGAUUUCUUUUACUUAAUGAUGAAAAUUAAUCACUUAUCAUGUCGAGAAUAGUGGCUAUCAAUUUCUUGGAUCAUUCGUUGUAAAUUUCUGAAGACGGAAUAUAUUUUUGGGACCCGCCUAUGAUUUAGCUGCGAUCAGGCUGUCUUUAAGAGUGAGCGUUUAGAGAGCAAUGAUCGACAGGACUAUUUGACAUGACCUAUAGAUGAAGAACCCAGUGUGACAAUGUGGAGGAUAGAAUACCCUUAAUUUCGUUCAUCUUUGAUUCAUUUGAAAGCAAAGCAAGAUGGAUUUCGAAGUUUGGAUUUUACUGUUGUUUUUCCUAACAUCAAAUGCUCAGAUUCUUGUAAGUAAAAAAGAAUUAUCAGUGAACAUAGGACGAAAUGUUUUCUUAAGGAAGGACGACUUAGUGUUUGUGGACACCGCAAAGAAGAGCGAGUGCCGAGUGGAGGUGGUCCAAAACGACCCCAUCACCCAGCGAGUCGGACAAGUCCGGCCCAUUAUGUUUGACUGCUCAUUCCAACCCAAUACCGUUCAGUACAUACACAGUGGAUCACCUUUACUAAAUAGUGACAAAGUUAAAUUACGUGUUUAUAAAUUCACCAAUAACUCCACGACUUCCCAAACUUUCCAUUUGGAUGUUCAAAUUGCCAACAAGUCCCAUGAUAUCGUGGUAACACGAGGCUUGCGCCCCAUUGUUGUUCCAGAAUUCAACGGGUUAUCCAAUCUAAUUGAUUCAUCUGUGAUACGAUUUUACUUUAGUGGUAAGAACAAUGUCUCUUGUACUGUUGGUUUUUCCACAUAUCGGUCACUUUGGCCAAUCGCUGGACAGAUCGUUGUGGGAGAGAGAAAGACUAGGGUUGAAACAAUGAGGAAAUCCUGUCGAGACUUCCUGUAUAGUAAAUUAUAUUACCAGCAUGUGCAGUCUCCAAAUCCUGACGUGGAUUAUCUUCCUUUGACAAUCGAGCUGAAAGACCCCGACGUCAGUGAUGACGUUUCUAUUGAACGUUUCUACCUCCCCAUUCACAUUAAGGGUGCUCUACCCAACUCACCCCCGAGAUCAUCCUUUUUGAGCAUAUACAUGAUGGAUGUAAACCAGUUCGUGCUUUCAACACUUCUGCCUGGUGUUAUAUCGGCUGAGGAUUAUGAAACGGACUCCAAGGAUUUGGUUUACAAUAUAACCAGUCUGCCAGGUGGCAAUGGUGGGUAUUUCGUACAUUUAGACGAUCACACAAUCCCCAUAGACUCUUUCGUACAAGAUGACCUUGAACAUCACAGAAUUGCCUAUCAACCUCCGAGUACAAGUCUGUCAGAACGCCGUGUCUUCCAAGCACAAUUUACAGUUUCCGACAGCCAUUUUGCAUCAAGUCUACCGAUUGUACUACACAUUGCAGUUCGUCCGUCUGCUACAAAUGCACCAAGAAUAGCGACUAACAAAGGUCUUGUUCUCCUUGAAGGUCAAUCAAGGCCGAUAACAAUUGCUGAACUAAAUAUACUGGACCCUGAUAAUGCAAAUUCUGUUAGUCUUUACGUACUUGGUGGCCUUAGAUAUGGUCAACUAAUGAAAAACAAAAGAUCUACAAUUGCAAUGACCCUAGAAGAUCUUCGUAAAGGUCGAAUAUCCUACCAACACGAUGACAGCGAGUCAACAAAAGAUCACAUCAAAUUCCGAAUCAGUGAUGGAGUGAACACAAUUAUGAUUACUUUCCCCAUCAUAAUAAUUCCAAAGGAUGAUUCGGCGCCAUACCUUGUGAACAGUAUUGGGUUAGAGGUCAAUGAAGGAGAGACAAGAAGGAUAUCCACUAACAUGCUUCUUGCACAUGACACAGAUUCCCUUGAUGAUAAUAUAAUGUAUAUUAUUACACAACCUCCAUCAGCUGGGGAAAUAAUAAAGAAAACAUCACAGGGAGAUACCGGGACGCGUAUUAGUAAGUUUAACCAAAGAAACAUUAAAAAGGGACAGAUUUUCUACAGACAUUUUGGGAAUGAAGUUUUUAAAGAUUCAUUUGUAUUUAAGCUCCGAGAUCACCAAGACCCUCCUAAUAAAUCGGAAGACGAAACAUUCCAUAUCAUCAUAAACCCUGUAUACGAAAAUCCACCACAGUUGGCACCUAAAGCAACAAGACUAGUCCACGUACCAGAAACUGAUAUAACGUAUAUAACGAAAGAUGAACUCCAAUACACAGACAUUGAAACAGACGACAAUAAGUUAACGUACAUAAUUACAUCUCCACCAUAUUUCGUUUACAAUGCCGGGUUUGAGGAAGCUGGAAGAAUUAUCGCUACUCACAAUUUUUCAUCAGUUACAAAGAAUGACUCAAUUCCUGCUAUAUCUACUUUUAAACAGGAGGACAUCAACCACAUGAAAAUUGCUUACAUGCCACCAUUAGCCGACAUAGGUCCCGAAUCACGCCUUGUAAGGUUUGUCUACACAGUGCAAGAUUCAAGUGGAAAUCAGGUUCUUGGACAGUAUUUUGAAAUAGACGUUCAACCAGUCAAUGAUAAACCUCCUUCUUUGCUAGUAAGUAAACUGCUGGUAGAGGAAGGAGGCAUUCUUGGGAUUUCUAAUCUUCAGUUAUCAGCUUUAGAUGAAGACACACUUCUUGAAGAUCUUGUCUUCAUUCUAGAUGAGACUCCAAAGUAUGGUGUCGUCCAGAAAAAUGGUAUGGCUCUAGCACAGAAAGGCGAGUUCAAGAUUGACGAUCUGAGGCGAAACGACAUAAGGUACGUACACGAUGGCGCAGAAGUGCUUUUAGAUUCGAUCACUCUUACUGUCAGUGAUGGAGUAAACAGAGCGACAAAGGUUGUACCGAUAGAUAUAGUUCCAAUAGACGAUAAAGCCCCUUUACUAAAAAGCAAUCUUCGACCGCGUCUUAUUGUAUCAGAAGGUGGUGAUGCAAUUGUAACGUCAUCAGUUUUGGCGGCAACUGAUGACGACACGGAUGAUAGCCAACUAAUAUUCUUAAUAGUGAAGCAGCCUAAGUAUGGAAUCAUGCAACUAGUGGAUCAGCCGGUGACAAAAUUUACCCAAAAAGAUGUCAAUGGCAACAAAGUUAAGUACAUUCAUACAGGGGGCGAAGUUGGAAACAACAUAUUACGAGACACGGUAACUUUUAUUGUCUCUGAUCAGAACUUCAUGGCGACGGGUGAUUUGCCUGUAUACGAUCUGAAUAUUACAAUUACUCCUGUGGACAACUCGAAACCAGCCAUCAUUAAAGGACUGGAGUUGGUAGUUAACGAAGGUGGAUCAGUCACUUUGACACCCGAUGCUGUUACUGCCAAAGAUCCUGACACUGAUCCCGAAGAGAUAAGUUUCGUCAUCACAAAACAACCACAAUGGGGAUACCUUGAAAAUUCAAAACCAUUGAAAGGGUCUCAAAAGUCAAGAUCGGGAAUUCGAAUUACAACAUUCAAACUCCAAGAUAUUAUUGAUAAAACAAUCAACUACGUUCAAGCCAAUCAUAAAGGAGUGGAACCAAUUUAUGACGAGGUUGAAUUUUAUGCAACUGAUGGGAAACAGAGGUCUGAUGACGUACCACUUGGUUUCAGAAUAACGCCACAAAAUGAUGAAGAACCUGAUGUUAUGCUUCAGGACUUUUCGGUAGAUGAAGGAUCUUUCAAGAUUAUCGACCAGAUCAUUGUGGAUGCAAUUGAUAUGGAUGUUCCAAAAGAACAGUUGACGUUAUCCAUUUCUCAAGCACCAGAUCAUGGUGAUAUCGUUUUAAUGAUACAGACCAAGAACGGAGAUAUGGAAGUUGCAGUUCAUGAUUUCACAGUUGAGGAACUUCACAAAGGCAUGAGGCUCAAGUACAAACACGACAAUAGUGAACACUUUAGAGACAAAUUUGCUUUAACAGUAUCCGAUGGAAGACACGAAGUUAAAAAGCUUUGCAAUAUUUCGAUUAGAGCUUUGAAUGAUGAAGGACCAGAAAUUACAAAGAACGCUGGACUGCAGUUAGAAUAUGGAGACUUUGCGAUGAUAUCGAGCGCAUCACUACAAUCCUCUGAUCCAGACAACAGCGAUAAUGAAGUGAUAUACAUUUUGAUGUCUGUUCCAAAGAAAGGUUCACUGCAAUUUUGCACAGAUCCAUUUUCACCAACACGUAUCUCGGAAUGCAGGGAUAUGAUGGUCGGUCAAAACUUUACCCAACAUGACGUGGACAUGAACAGAGUGCGAUACAUCCACACGACAAGUAUGGGCAAUACAGAGACAGAUAGUUUUCUGUUUUUGUUGACGGAUGGAACCAACAGACGACAUGUAGAAACAUUUGAAAUCAGAAUAAGAAAUUCAAAGAAAAGCAACUUGGCAGUUUUCAAUAAAGGGUUACAAGUCAGAGAAGGGGAAAGAACCUCAAUUUCCACAAAUAACUUAAGCGCAUCUGAUGAAAGCACAAAGGCUGAUGAAAUAGUUUUUGCAAUAACACAAAGACCAAGAUUGGGACAAAUUGAAUUCAUCGAUAGACACCUCACAAGUAUAAAUAGCUUCACACAGUUAGAUUUAGCUUCCCGAAAGGUUGUAUAUAAUAAUUUAAACAAAGGCGAUAACACAGAGGACGUAUUCAAGUUCACCGUAACCAACGGACUAAGCCAAGCCAAAGAUGGCGAAUUUAGGAUAACAAUCGAACCUCUUGACCGUGUCCUUCCUUCACUCAGGGUGAACAGUCUAAUUGAAGUAACACAAGGAGGUGAGGUUGAGUUAUCUCCCUUGUUGCUUAAAGCCCAAGAUCCCGACACUGCCAGCACGAACGUAACAUUCAUUAUCGCUAAACCACCGACAUACGGCCGUCUGUAUAACAGAGGAAUCGUUAUUACCAGGUCCUUUACUCAGAGCGAUAUCAAUUUUGGGUUCAUUACUUACGAAACAGAUGGAUCUCAUGCCGGUUUGGACAACUUCCUUUUCAACAUAUCUGAUGGUAAACACGCGGGUUUCUUGGUGAAUGGAACACUUCAGACAAAGCCUGUUAUCUGCAGCAUCUUUAUCAAACCUCUUGUCAACGAUGCUCCAAAAUUACUCAUUCUGAAACAGCCGGACACAUUAGAAUUCUUUGGGAACGACCGUUACGGUUUCCGAAUAACCAACAGAAACCUAAAAGCUAUCGACUCCGAUUCAACCAGUUCCCAGUUAACAUACAACAUGAUUAAGAAGCCACAAUAUGGUCAUGUUGAGAAUGUCAAAACAAAAAGAUACGUAAGGCGAAGGUUCACGCAGAAGGACGUGGACGAGAGUAGUCUUCACUAUAUAGUCAACCAGAGGAAAGCACACACCAAUGACAGCUUUACCUUCAGUGUGACGGACAGCAGGGGAAACAUUCUUAACAAUCAGAGGUUCGAAAUGAAGUGGUCGAGGAUUGAAUUCUUAAGAAAACAGAUAAUAUCAUGCGAAGAUAUAGGUACACUCACAAUUACUUUGAAACGGACUGGUGACUUGCAACAAAUCUCUUUUGUUGGAAUUAAGAUAAGGGAUAUGUCUGCAAAAAGUGGACUCGACUUCUUCCCAAGCUCGGCCAAACAAGUCCAGUUCAAUCCAGGAAUGAACCAAGCCACGUGGGACAUAAGAAUAGCUGCAGAUAGUUUAAUGGAGAAUAGCGAGAAAUUCCAAAUCUACUUGGAAGAACCUAUCAACGCUGUACUUGGAAGAAGAACUAAAAUGAACAUUCAUUUAAUCAAUGCAGAAAACGGUGAAUGUCCACAAUACCUUGGGAUGAUCAGCAAAAACAAUAAAGAUGUGGUUGACCUUGAAGAGACAAUAACACCCAUUUCUAAUAAAAAGAUAGAUACAAAAUUAUCCUUCAAUACCUUUUCGGGGCUUGGAACAAUCAAAGAAAAUCCCCUGGAUAACGCCUACAACACUGAUCCCGACUCAACACCGUCCAAAUCAUCUCUUUCAUCAUCAAAAAAAUCAAAGACAAUCAAAAAUUCCGAAUUAAAUGAAGUAUUACCAACUAAAAGAAAACAAAAGAAAAGAAAGAGAAAAGGUCGAAAGCGGAAGAAGAAAAGGAACGGAAAGAUCAAGAAGUCCAAUUCACUGAGUCAGAAAGCGGAUUCCAUAUUUCCUCUGUCAUCUUCGUCUCUAAGAAUUCAGGCUCCACAAAAUUGUACCAGAACAACAAAAAAUCUGUUACAUUUUGAUUCGUUUACACAAAGAAUGUAUAAAUGUGACGGUUAUAUUUGGAGGGUGUGGGAUUCUGGGAGCCCUGAUGAGUCUGCAAUCAGUUCUAUCCCUGCCCCUUCUGUCUGUCUCAUUGGGGAAUUCUUUGAGGGCCGUUGCUACAAGUUUUUCAAGGAAAGAAAAACCUGGGAAGAAGCAAAGAGACACUGUAAUUCCAUAAAUGCCAUCCCCUCAACCCUUACACCGGUGCGAUCUAGAGCGCACUAUCAAUUCCUGGUUAAAUUAGCCGGAAAAACGUCUUUCUGGAUCGGUUUGAAUAAUAAACAGGCCCCCCGAGACUGGGAGUAUCUCAGGGAUGGAUCAUCUAGUAUACCUCUCUUAAGUUACACCAACUGGGGCAAGAACCAGCCUCAAGUACGGGGCAAACGUGACAGAAGAAACUGUGUUCUAGUUAAUAAACGCCGAAAAUGGAAGAACAAAUCUUGUACUAAAAACAGUAAAAGAUUCAUUUGCGAAGGAAUUCCUCACCAAAAAUUUCCAUCCCAGCAGUUUUCAGUUUCGGACCAGCCUAGACGACAACGAGGCAGACGACGGCGGCGCUUCCGGUGGAGUAAUUGAGUCCAAGAACCAGUUUAAAGGAACACUAAAUGAGAUUAAAAAACACUGGGGCUUGUCUCUUAUAGUGUAGAGAAUGCCCUUUAUUCUGACCCAGUAUCUGUCAGGGCAAGAGGCUAUUGUAUCUUAAAACAAUAAUGAUGAGGCACGUUACCCGAAUGAUAAUAUUCAGACGUCUGCCACUCUGAGUAGCAGUGGGGAAAUUAUAAUAACUUUUUCAUGAGUUUGUAAUCAGCUACAUUGGCAGAUGUCAUUUCAAGCAGAUUUAUUGCCUUAUGUUUACCUUUCAUUUCAAAAACAUAGAUAAUGAAAUGGAUAGCAUACCUACUAAGCAUAAUAAGCUAGGUCAAAUGACCACCACAUAAAUUGUGCAAUCUGGGGCAAUAAUAAUGGUGUGAACUAUUAACACUGAAACUAUCUGCUUUGUUGUUAUGUUUGAAUUUGUAUCAUUGUUAUAGUAAUUAAUUAGAAAAUAUAGUUUUAGUUAUAAAUAGUUGGUACUAUGUACUGCUAGCAUAUUGUUUCAGUGAUAGCAGAUUCUUGUACUUUAAAACUUGUGCUGGUAUAAAUAUACCAUAAUUUAGUAGUAAUAGUCCACUCAUGAUGUAGUGUUAAGAAAAAAUUACCUGAUUUCCACAGCUUUAAUUUGUUUAUUUUUAUAUAUAUAUAAACAUAUUCUGCCCUUAUGUUUUGACAUAAGCCUAUUUUAAAUGAAAUGACAUGAUUUAUAUAUUUAUGUACCACCAAACCAGACAAUGCAUUUUAAUACAAUAUAUAGUUCCACUCAUAUAGAAACUGUGCUAUUUUAUAACAUUUGUUUUUGUUGUAUAUAUUAAUUGCUGUAUAUUAAAUAUAUAUUUUUUAUUCUUUAGCAGCAUGUUUUAACAUGUAGAAAUCCAUUGGUCUGGAAUCAGAUUACAUGCUUGUUUGUUUAUAUGUAUAUUUUAAAUAUUAAAAAUUAUGGGGUAAAUGAAUUGUUAACUUAAUCCUGAAUUCCUUACUGUUGAAAUACUAGUAUUGUGAUGUUAUGGCUGUGGUUUACAUUUCUUAUCAUCUACUUUGUCAUGACAUGCUACUAGUAGAAAUUAAAUAUUUAGAAACAACAA